AUGUCCGAGGAAUUAGCGUUGCCACCAACAGCCAUCAUCCAAGCUUGUCGCCCAUACUUCUCCACCAUCAACAUCCAAGACAGUAUGAAUAUUUAUGUAUCCGUAGUGAUGAAAAAAACGCAGAGCCUGAAGAUCGAUCGUCCCAUCAAAAAGAAUGGUCCAGACGACGAUCUGGGGUGCAGCAGAUUUAGCCGACAGUUCGGUCAUCGAAGUGAAACUUGUUCCAUACCUCUCGGUCCGAUUUUAACAAGCUUAACACAAGUCCCCUCCGAGAAGCAGACUUUCGAUGUUUCGGUAAUCUCGGCACGAAGGCCGAAAUGGAAUACACACGGGUUGGAGGUUGGCCGUUGGCUGGCUGCUCCGCUUGCUUAG